GUCCGACGAGGAGACAUGGCGGCCGCGCCAGCAGCGGCUGGGGCCGGGGCCAGCCGAGGGAGACGGUCGGCAGCAACAGUGACUGCGUGGGGCGGAUGGGGCGGUCGGCCGAGGCCCGGUAACAUUGUGCUGCAGCUGCGGCAGGGCCAGCUGACCGGUCGGGGCCUGGUCCGGGCGGUGCAGUUCACUGAGACUUUUUUGACAGAAAGGGACAAAUUGUCCAAAUGGAGUGGAAUUCCUCAGCUGCUGCUUAAGCUGUAUGCCACCAGCCACCUCCACAGUGACUUCAUUGAGUGCCAAAACAUCCUCAAGGAAAUUUCUCCUCUCCUAUCAAUGGAGGCUAUGGCGUUUGUAACAGAAGACAGGAAACUUACACAAGAAGCUACAUAUCCAAAUACUUAUAUAUUUGACUUGUUUGGAGGUGUUGAUCUACUUGUAGAAAUUCUUAUGAGGCCUACAAUCUCUAUUCGGGGACAGAAACUAAAAAUAAGUGAUGAAAUGUCGAAGGACUGCUUGAGCAUCCUGUAUAACACCUGUGUCUGUACGGAAGGAGUUACCAAGCGUUUGGCAGAAAAGAAUGAUUUUGUGAUUUUCCUGUUUACAUUGAUGACAAGUAAGAAGACAUUUUUACAGACAGCAACCCUCAUUGAAGAUAUUUUGGGUGUUAAAAAGGAAAUGAUUCGGCUAGAUGAAGUUCCCAAUCUGAGUUCCUUAGUAUCCAAUUUCGACCAGCAGCAGCUUGCGAAUUUCUGCCGGAUUCUGGCUGUCACCAUUUCAGAGAUGGAUACAGGGAACGAUGACAAACACACACUUCUCGCCAAAAAUGCUCAGCAGAAGAAGAGCUUGAGCUUGGGGCCUUCUGCAGCUGAGAUAAACCAAGCGGCCCUCCUCGGCAUCCCUGGCUUUGUUGAGCGGCUUUGCAAACUGGCGACGCGAAAGGUGUCAGAAUCCACGGGUACAGCCAGCUUCCUUCAGGAAUUGGAGGAAUGGUACACGUGGUUAGACAAUGCUUUGGUGCUAGAUGCCCUAAUGCGAGUAGCCAAUGAGGAGUCUGAACACAAUCAAGCCUCCACUGUGUUCCCUCCUCUAGGAGCACCUGAGGAGAACGGGCUAUCGCACACCUCAGCCAGGAUCCAGCUGCCACAGUCGAUGAAGAUUAUGCAUGAGAUCAUGUACAAACUGGAAGUGCUCUAUGUCCUCUGUGUGCUGUUGAUGGGCCGUCAGCGAAACCAGGUCCACAGGAUGAUUGCUGAAUUCAAGUUGAUCCCAGGACUCAAUAAUUUGUUUGACAAGUUGAUUUGGAGGAAACAUUCAGCAUCUGCCCUUGUCCUCCAUGGUCACAACCAGAACUGUGACUGUAGCCCGGACAUCACCUUGAAGAUCCAGUUUUUGAGGCUUCUCCAGAGCUUCAGUGACCACCAUGAGAACAAGUACCUGCUGCUCAACAACCAGGAGCUCAAUGAACUCAGCGCCAUCUCCCUCAAGGCCAACAUCCCUGAGGUGGAAGCAGUCCUCAACACUGACAGGAGUUUGGUGUGUGAUGGGAAAAGGGGCUUAUUAACACGACUGCUGCAGGUCAUGAAGAAGGAACCAGCAGAGUCAUCUUUCAGGUUUUGGCAAGCCCGGGCUGUGGAGAGUUUCCUCCGAGGGACCACCUCCUAUGCAGACCAGAUGUUCCUGCUGAAGCGAGGCCUUUUGGAGCACAUUCUGUACUGCAUUGUGGACAGUGAGUGCAAGUCGAGGGAUGUGCUUCAGAGCUACUUCGACCUCCUGGGGGAGCUAAUGAAGUUCAACGUUGAUGCAUUCAAGAGAUUCAAUAAGUACAUCAACACUGACGCAAAGUUUCAGGUGUUUCUGAAGCAGAUCAACAGUUCACUGGUGGACUCCAACAUGCUGGUGCGCUGUGUCACUCUGUCACUGGACCGAUUUGAAAACCAGGUGGACAUGAAAGUGGCUGAAGUCCUGUCCGAGUGCCGCCUGCUUGCCUACAUAUCCCAGGUGCCCACGCAGAUGUCCUUCCUUUUCCGCCUCAUUAACAUCAUCCACGUGCAGACGCUGACCCAGGAGAAUGUCAGCUGCCUCAACACCAGCCUGGUGAUCCUGAUGCUGGCCCGACGGAAAGAGCGGCUGCCCUUGUACCUGCGGCUGCUGCAGCGGAUGGAGCACAGCAAGAAGUAUCCCGGCUUCCUGCUCAACAAUUUCCACAACCUGUUGCGCUUUUGGCAGCAGCAUUACCUGCACAAGGACAAAGAUAGCACCUGCCUGGAAAAUAGCUCCUGCAUCAGCUUCUCAUACUGGAAGGAGACAGUGUCCAUCCUGCUGAACCCAGAUCGCCAGUCACCUUCUGCCCUGGUCAGCUACAUUGAGGAGCCCUACAUGGACAUAGACAGAGACUUCACUGAGGAGUGACCUUGAGCCGGGCCUCGGGAAGCUGCUGGGCCAGGACAAGCAUGGGUGAGCGUGGAUACACAUGCCACGCACUCUGCCCAUUCCCGUCCCUCCCUUGCCUCCCCACUGCUCUCUUUGUACCCCAGGUCUUCAGGUACAGGCUCAGAGGGAGGAGUGUCCUAGAAACCCUUGUCCCCUGGGACCUGGGCCCAGGUCACUGGGGAGCCUCAGUUCCUUAGUCACUAUGGUGAGGACAUUGGCACCAUGCCCAUCCUUCCCUCAGUCCUGGAGUCCUGGCCUGCCAGAGGAAGGGAACUUAGGAAACUAGCUCUGUCUGAGCUUCUGCCCGUUGGUCCCAUGGUAGGAAGGGAGAUAUGCCCCCUCCCCACCUGUGAGCCAAGACUUUCUGGCCUCAGAGCCAAGGCAGAGAGGAUCCUGAGCCCUGGGCAGGGGUAGGGGUACCAGAGAGUGCUGCCUCCCCCAGGCGUGUUCAUCUCUCCCUCCCUCGUCUUCCUUUAGCUCCUCUGGUUCUGUUUGCUCAUUGGCCACUGUGUUCAUCCCAGGGGUCUUCCCAGAAGUGGGGACCCUUUACUCUCCAUCCCUUGGGGCAUGGAGUGGCUGUGCCUGCCUGAGCCCAGACACAGGAGCCUGGCUGGGAGCCCACCCUUGGCCCCUCCUGUGUUGCCAAUUUAUUAACAGCAAAUAAACCAAGUAAAUGGAGACUAUUAAAGAACUUUAUUUUAAA